AUGGAGACGGAGAUCAGGGCCAUCAUCCCGAACAUUGACCCGGUGGUGUCGGAGUACUCGGUGGGCUACCUGACCCAUGCCUCGACGGCGUGGUCAGGCGGCAGCGGCGACGACGGCGAGGAGGAGGCCGGCGGCGGCGAUGCAGCGCAGCCACUAGCCGAUGCGGCGACGGCGGUGACAGACCUGUUGCUCUCGGCAGCGGGCGACACGGCCAGCACGGCACAGCAGGACAGCAUCAGCAAGCUGGUGGCCAAGUGGGUAGAACGAUAUGCAGAGGAGGCAACGGGAGCCAACGGACGGCGAGGGGCGCCGUCAGCGGUACGGCGGCUGGACCAGACGAUUCAGGUGAGCGCGCAGCGCAACAUGUCGUCGACGCUGGCGGUGGCGACGGGCGGCAGCGUUGAUCUGGAGUCGGUCAACGCACGCAAGGUUGAGUCCAAGGUGGACCGGCGCAAGCUGGAGAAGGCAGAACGCAAGAUCGCGGCCAAGCAGAACAAGAAGACGUACAAGACGGUCGAGUACGAGGCGUCGCGGCUGCUCAACCAGCAGGACGAGGCGCAGUCGUACGAGGACUUUUACAUGGCCGUCAACCCGCUGCAGCUCGGAGCAGCCGGCGAUGCCUCAGCCGGCAAGCCCAAGGACAUCAAGCUGGACAACAUCGACGUCACCAUUGGCGGGAUCCGCAUCCUGACCGACACCAACCUGGCGCUUUCGUACGGCCACCGCUACGGUCUGGUCGGCCACAACGGUGUCGGAAAGUCCACGCUGCUGCGGGCGCUGUCGAGACGCGAGCUAGCAGUGCCGCUGCACAUUUCGAUCCUGCAUGUGGAGCAAGAGAUCACGGGUGACGACACGUCUGCACUGCAGGCCGUCCUCGACGCCGAUGUGUGGCGAAAGUACCUCCUCAAGGAGCAGACGGUGAUUACGGCCAAGCUGGCGGAGAUCGAGACGCAGCGGGCCUCGCUGGCCGACACAUCAGCCGACGCAGCACGGUUGGACCGUGACCGCGAGGCGCAGGACCAGCGGCUGGGCGACAUCCAGGGCAAGCUGUCGGAGAUGGAGUCAGACAAGGCAGAGUCGCGGGCGGCGAGCAUCCUAGCCGGUCUGGGCUUCUCGGCCGAGCGACAGCAGUUUGCGACCAAGACGUUUUCAGGCGGUUGGCGGAUGCGGCUGGCGCUGGCACGAGCACUCUUCUGCGAGCCGGACCUGCUGCUGCUGGACGAACCGUCCAACAUGUUGGACGUGCCGUCGAUCACCUUUCUCUCGGGCUACCUGCAGAACUAUCCGAGCACGGUGCUGGUGGUGUCGCACGACCGGGCCUUUCUCAACGAGGUCGCCACCGACAUCAUCCACCAGCACUCGCAACGGCUGGACUACUACCGCGGUGCCAAUUUCGACUCGUUCUAUGCGACGCGCGAGGAGCGCAAGAAGACGGCCCGCCGCGAGUACGAGAACCAGAUGGCCCAGCGUGCUCACCUGCAGGCCUUUAUCGACAAGUUCCGCUACAACGCGGCCAAGUCGUCCGAGGCGCAGUCGCGCAUCAAGAAGCUCGAGCGCAUGCCCGUGCUCGAGGCCCCCGAGACCGAGUACAGCGUGCACUUCAGCUUCCCCGAAGUCGAGAAGCUGUCGCCGCCCAUCGUCCAGAUGUCCGAUGUGUCGUUUGGCUAUGGCGGUCCGGGCGGCGUGCCGCUGCUGCGCAACGUCGAUCUCGACGUCCAGCUCGACUCGCGCAUCGGCAUCGUCGGUCCCAACGGUGCCGGCAAGACGACCGUGCUGCAUCUGCUGACCGGCCGUCUGCAGCCUGUCAGCGGGCUUGUGUCCACAAAUCCGCGCCUGCGCAUCGGCUUCUUCGCCCAGCACCACGUCGACGCCCUCGAUCUCACCAUCUCGGCCGUCUCCUUCAUGGCCCGCGAGUAUCCUGGCCGCACCGAUGAGGAGUAUCGUCGCCAGCUCGGCGCCUUUGGCAUCACCGGCACCACUGGCCUUCAGAAGAUGGUCGUCCUGUCCGGUGGUCAGAAAUCCCGCGUCGCUUUUGCCUGUCUCGCCCUCACUAGCCCUCACAUUCUCGUGCUCGACGAACCGUCCAACCACCUGGAUAUCGAGGCCAUGGACGCUCUCGCCGACGCCCUGCGCUCCUUCGAGGGCGGCGUCCUCAUGGUCAGCCACGACGUCACCAUGCUGCAAAACGUCUGCACCAGCCUCUGGGUCUGCGACGGUGGCACCGUCGAGAAGUUCCCCGGCGACGUCCAGCAGUACAAGAAGCGCAUUGCCGCUCAGGCCAACGCUGCCGGCGUCGUCAAGGCCCACUAG